AUGUUUGCCAUGCAAGAGCAAAUUAACGAGCUUGGAAUGAAGCUAAAUGGAAUCGCUAAGAGUAUAGAGCCUAAACAGGAAGUUAGUUAUAAAUGGAGGAAGUACAGUUUCAAGACUAAACCCGUAUGUUAUCGAUGUGGACGCCGUGGCCAUAUUCAGUAUUACCGCAACUAUAACCAAACUAAUGACGGUUUCCAGAAAGAGAGACAGGUCCUACAUCGUGCUACCCGACCAACUUACUGUCAACCAGAAGAAUCUUCCACUUACGAAGAAGAGAACCAAUCAGAUGUUGAAGGGACUGCAUCACAACUCGAGAGUCAGGAAAACGCCACAAACAACCCUGAUUUACUACAGAAGAUGAAGCCGACACGAACCAGUGACCAGGGUAGAAAGCCGAGAAAUCCAAACCAGAAGCCAAGAAAGUUACAAAUACCAAAUCCGUCAAAUGUCCAGCUACCCCUCGUAAAUGAAGCAGACACGUACCCUAGGAACCUGAUCACUAAAGGUAAAAUAGCAGGAAAACCUGUUCGUCUAAUGUUGGAUACUGGUGCAAGCGUUUCAGCUAUAAAAGAAGAAGUUUUAAAAGAGAUCUACGGUGACGUUCCCUUUUCCACAGUUCAGACUGGGAAAGACAACCUACAGCUAAGAAGAAUUACCUUGCCGUUAUAUCUUAAGGAAAGUCAGUUCCUUUGUGAAUUCCGGGUCGUGCAGAACCUUACUUAUGACGCCAUCCUUGGUCGCGAUUUCCUCCAAGUAAACAGAGCUAUGAUUGACCUCGAUAACAACACCAUUACUCUAAAAGAAUCAGCAAAUCAACAAGAGCGAGCAAGUUCAGCCUCAGCACCUUUGACAGGAACGUUUAAACCUCAAGAAAAGAAUGUCAGAAGAAAUGGAUACGCCCCUCCCAGUGAAGGUUCAGUGCAGCCUGCUGCAGGAGAUUUGCCUUCCCGUUAUCCAAAGAACAAAGAAGUUGUAAUAAGCCAGUCACUAUUGAUAUUAGUGCUCAUUGCCGUGUCCCUGUCCGCAACAUUUCACACCGACGCAAAUGGUAACUUCAGGUCUGUUAUCCAAAAACCACCACCGUCCUUCGCACAGGUGUCACAAAAGAAGGUUUGGCACCAAGGCGAUCUUUCUGAUACCCCAGCCAAAACUGAUUACAGAAUGGAAUCUAACGAGGGAUUUGAUCGAUAUAAAGAAGCACCUCCAGGAAUGGAAAUGCCUAAGUUCAUGAUGCACCUAAGGAGACUACUUAUCCUCAGACCCAUGACUGACUUUAGCAACACGUAG